GAAAGAUGGUGGUCGGAAACUCUGGCAGUGGCGAGCAAAGGCACGCCUCCGAACCAGACUUUGGAAGCCCUAACGGUGGCGAUACUUUCGAUUCCGACCAAACUCACCACCGCCUCAGUGAAGAGAUCGACAGCACUUGUUCUACUCCUUAUAUGAGUGCUCCUUCUAGUCCAGGUCGCGUUCCCGACGGCUACUUUUUCAGCGCUCCCGCGAGUCCUCUGCACUUCGUUCUCUCUACAUCGCCUUCUUCUUCUUCUACGUCUGCUUCCGCAUUCACCUUUUCUUCCAACGAUCCCUCUGUUUCUGGUUCCUUUGAGUUUGAAUUUUCCGCAAGGUUUCCUUCCAACACUUCGAGUUCUGCUGCUUCCAUGAUUUCUGCCGAUGAAUUGUUUCUUAAUGGUCAGAUCCGCCCGAUGAAACUUUCGUCUCAUUUGCAGAGGCCUCAAAUCUUAGCUCCCUUGUUGGAUCUGGAAGGUGACGAAGAUUACGAGGAUUGCAAAGAUGCGGCAGAGCUGGAGUUCGAGAAACGCGAGGAGUUGAUGAUGCGAGGGAGAGAUGCGAGGCUACGCAACAGAUCUCUACAUAGGAGGACAAGAUCUCUCUCUCCCCUGAGAAAUCCCCUGUUUGGGUGGCACGAGGAUGAAGAAGAGCAAGAGACCAGUGGGUGUGAUCUAGAUUCGGAAGAUCCUGACCGUAAACAGGACGAAACGCCAUCGACGGGAACGACGCCUUCCGUGUCUGCUUCAUCUUCAGGGAGGAACUCCAAGAGAUGGAUCUUCUUGAAGGAUUUGCUCUACCGAAGCAAAAGCGAAGGCAGAGGGAACGGUAAGGAGAAGUUCUGGUAUUCCCUCUCCUUUUCUCCCGCCGUCAAAGACAAGAAACCUCCGUCGGUCCCAAUGACGGAAACUCAGAAACCAAAACGAACUCCCCAGGUUCCCGCUAAGAAAACGGUCGCAGCAGGAAAACCCGCCAACGGUGUUGGUAAGCGCAGAAUCCCUCCGUCAGCUCACGAGCUGCAUUACACGACAAACAGAGCCCAGGCGGAGGAGAUGAAGAAGAAAACAUUCUUGCCAUACAGGCAAGGACUGCUGGGAUGUCUGGGAUUUAGUUCAAAGAGUUAUGGUGCCAUGAACGGUUUUGCUCGAACCCUGAACCCAGUCUCUUCCAGAUGAUUUUUUCCAGGGUUCCCCAAAUGG